AUGAUUUCUGGUUUUUCCACUACUGCUGCUGCAGUUGUCAUUCUAUUGUGUAUCACUGUAGCUCAAGGUACUGACUGCUCUGCUCUGGCCAGUGCUGGUAACUGCAGUUUCUAUGAUUGUUUCCAUACUAAAUUCAACUGUGAUGCAAAGCAGUAUCCUCUUCGCCGUGGUAAACGCUACUGUCAGAAAUACAUUGAUGAAUCGAGUUGCUUCACAACAGCAGGUCAAGGAUGGAUUACUAAUGUCCGUAGAUGUUUGAUGCAGUCUAUUGUCAACAGUGCUCUCUAUAGUAAUGCAAAUACUGAUUGUGGCGAGUUUGAGGCAUUUGCUGUUGCAAGCCGUCCUCAGUGUUACACUGAUAAUGGGUUCUGUACAGAUAUAUUCUUAUCACCUAACUGUCAGAACCUUAAUUGUAUUCAAGAUAAAAUUUAUGAUGAUAAUAAAAGUUGGGAUAGAAGUUCACUAAAUCAGAUUAAAACAACAACUGCUUCAUGCCCUUCCCAGAUUGCUACAUUCCUUAGUGAUGCUCCACAGUGUGAUAGACCUGACACUUCUCUUGUAUCUGUUAUACAGAAUUAUUUAGAUUGUACUGCAAGGGCUUUUGAUUUUAUUAUUUUAUUGGAUGCAUCUGGAAGUGUUGGGUCUAGUAACUUUGAGAUAAUGAAAAACUUUGUUGCAGACAUGCUGUCUAACUUUACCAUUGGACCAAACGACACUCGUGUUGGAGUCAUUCGUUUUGCUAGCAGUCCAUCAGUUGUUAUCCCAUUGGGUUCCAUUAAUACUUAUUCACAAUUGGCUACUGAUAUUAGAGCUAUAACAUACACUCAAGGAGGCACAAACACUGCUGCAGCAUUGGAUUUACUAAGCACUGCAUUUGCUACUGCUCGUGUUAGUGAAGGUAUCCCUCGUGUAGCUGCUGUUUUUACUGAUGGAAUGUCUAAUGACGCUGCAGCAACAGUACAAUCUGCUCAAGCUGUCCAUAAUGACAAGAUUACUGUUUUUUCUUUUGGUAUUGGAACUGGUGUCAGUAAUGCAGAAUUAAUUGCCAUUGCU